UUCUUCACGUAACAGAAAAGUCUACUCCGCCAUCAAGGAGCAGGCUGCGUAGCCUAUCAUUUCAGCACAGCAAAUAUUUUGUUGAACACCCAAAAAAUUUCUUCAAAAUAUUUGUCGAAAAGUGCAAAAUGGGGUUUCCAAAGGGCAUUUCUUGCGAGAAUCUCCCCAAUUUCGUCUCCACUUUUGUCGAUACAUUCGUCGAUUUCUCAGUCAGCGGCGGCCUCUUCUUGCCGCCUCUUCCGCCGCAAUCGGACCCGCCUUCUAACCCUAAACCUAAUCAUGACGCUAAACCGAAUUUGGAUUCCAAUCCAUUACCGCGUUUGCAGACCGUAUUCCCAGCACCGGCCCGUCUCAUCGCCGUGGGCGACCUCCACGGAGAUCUUCAAAAGACCAAGCAGGCAUUCCGGCUCUCCGGGUUAAUCGACGGCGAAGAUCGAUGGUGUGGUGGGUCCACCACGGUUGUUCAGGUGGGGGAUGUACUCGACCGCGGCGGGGAGGAGCUCAAGAUUCUUUAUUUUCUAGAGAAGUUGAAGAGGGAAGCAGCUAAGGAUGGCGGGAUUGUGAUUACUAUGAACGGUAAUCAUGAGAUCAUGAAUGUAGAUGGUGAUUUUAGGUACGUGACAAAAGCGGGUCUUAAAGAGUUCGAGGAUUGGGCUUUGUGGCAUUCUGUAGGGCAGGUUUUGAAAAAGCGCUGUGAUGGUAUAGAGGAUAAGGAGACCUUAAAGGACCCCUUUGAUGGAGUGCCUUUUAAAUUCCCUGGAGUUAAACCAGAAUGCUUAACAGGAAUCAGGGCACGCAUUGCAGCAUUGAGGCCAAAUGGACCCGUGGCCACAAGAUUUUUAUCCCAAAAUCAGACUGUUGUUAUGGUUGGGGAUUCAGUUUUUGCGCAUGGUGGACUCUUACCUAUACAUGUGGAUUAUGGACUAGAGAAGGUGAAUGAAGAAGUAAGAGAUUGGAUUUAUGGGGUGAGGAAUACGGUUUGGAGGGACUUGGUUAGAGGGAAAAAUUCGAUUGUUUGGUUGAGGAAGUUUUCAAAUGAGUUGCCAAAGGAUUGCGAUUGUUCAACCCUUGAGCAUGUGCUUGCUACGAUUCCUGGUGCAAAGAGGAUGAUCAUGGGGCACACCAUCCAGAUGAGUGGGAUUAAUGGUGUCUGCCAGAACCGGGCUAUAAGGAUUGAUGUUGGUAUGUCGAAAGGGUGUGUCAAUGGAUUGCCUGAGGUCUUAGAGAUAGAUAGGGAGUCAAGGGUAAGGAUUUUGACAUCAAAUCCCUUGUGUCAGAAUGGAAAUGAAGCUGUUAUGGAUGCUAAUGAAAAAGAUGGUGUUGGAUUGUGGUUCCCUGCGGCACAGGGACCAAGGCAAGUUAAGGUUAAUGCAUGAUUCCCUUAAUUGAUUGACCUCUUGCACUUCUGUUCUUGUGAAAGCUCUUGGGAUCAUAUGUGUUCACUCCUGUAGGUAUGGUUCUAGGAUCACUCACUAGAGGAAUUAGAAAUCUGUUUAGCCUUUCAAUGGAAUCGAAACUUGUAUUUGCUUACCCGUAGACAUAUAAUGGUGCUCCAAUGAAAGUGGCUGAUUCUUUUUGCCCAGUUUGCGUGUUUCUUAUAUAGUUCAGAUUGCAUUGGUGUUUUCUCCUCUAACUGGAUGAACAGAGCUGUUUACUACCUUAACUUUGGUUUUUGGGGAGUUGAUGUGAUAUACUCCACAA